ACACGGAACAUUUUUCGUGACCACUUUCAAUCUACACAUUUAAGUCUCCUUAUUCUUACUUCAUGAUUUGCAUCUGCCGGCUGAAUCUGUUCCGAAAGCUCCGACAGCAUGAAGGAAGGGUACUCGGUGCUUCCGCAGAAAUUUGGCGGGGGACCGAAGGGACUAGGUGAUCCUAGUGACAAAAGUUUAAGGAAGGUAGAGAAAAAUGUGUUGGUACCCAAGUUGAUGCGAGAGAGAAUCAAAUCCGAAAAGUGUGUCAACGAGGUCAAAGAAUUCCACGAUUGCUGUCUCAAUUCUGGUCUACUGAAUGUCAUAAAGUGUAGGAAAGAAAAUGAUAAGAUGAUAGCUUGCAUGAAAGAGUGGUUCUUCAAUCAAGACUUUAUUAAAGAAUGUACAGAGCAGUAUCUGGAGGAAAGGAGUGAAUUUAGAAGGACUGGUAUUCCUAAAAAGCAAAGAAGCAUUAGACUGGAGAGCUCAUCAAUGUGAACAUAUAGAUAACGAAUCAGCAAUUGUACAAAGAGAUUAUCGAUAUUGUGUACAUUUUUCACUUAGCUUUUUAGAUAUAGCAUAUGCGAUUGAUCUACCAACAAUUCUACCUGCAGUAAAAAAAAAUGAAAAUGGAUUAUUGGAAGUUAAAAUUAUAUUGAUUUUGAUUCUUGCAUUGUUGAAUUCACAUUGUAGUUGAAUGUCUACAUGGUAAACUGUUUUAAAUUGUUGCUUUCUAUUGCUUCUACUUGUUGUGUGACAUUGUAAAAUAGUAUUCUAUAUAUGUGCCAUUGUAGCAUAAAAUGAUCAAAAUAUUCUCAAGGAGUACAUGAUAAACAUCUAAUAAUGGUACUUUGUAGGAACAAAGAUUUAUAAAUAUAUAAUAAAAAAACAAUAUAGACAUUUGACUACAGAACUGGCAGAUGUUUUAAAUAAAAACUUGUUUAAAAAAUUGCAGUCAGAAUUUAAUUCCUAUAUUCUUGCAGAUUUUAAACUGCUGACUCCGUUUAA